CCACGCCCGCGGCCUUAAAAUGGCGGCGGCGGCGGGCAGUGCCUAAUACAGCGCAGGGAUGGAGGCUGCUCGUGGGUGGUUGGUGGCGGCGGCUGCUGCUGUGCUGCUGGCUGGCGCCGUGCUGGGCAGCCAGGAGCUCCCGCGGCUGCUGGGCGCUCCCAUGGACGUGACUGACAAUGAUGAAGGGCUGCAGCGGGCCCUGCACUUCGCCAUGGCGCAAUACAACAAGGCCAGCAACGACAAGUACUCGAGCCGCGUGGUGCGGAUCAUCAGCGCCAAGAGACAGAUUGUGUCUGGAGUCAAGUAUAUCAUGGAGGUUGAGAUCGGCCGGACAAAUUGCACAAAGUCCGUAACUGAUGUCCAGGGCUGUGCUUUUCAUGAUGCACCAGAGAUGGCUAAGCAUGUCACUUGCAACUUUGUAGUGUACACUGUUCCUUGGCUAAACCAAAUCAGACUACUGAAAAACAUCUGCCAGUAAGCCUCCUUUGGUUCCAGCAGAGACCAGCAACCAGUUACUCAGAUUUAAAAAAGGAAAGCAAUAACCUGAAUCGAGAUGGGCUGUGUCAGUUCCUGUCAACUCAGAUACUUAUGUAUGCUUGUGCUGUGCAAGUUAAACUAUGUAACCUUCCUUUAAAGCACACUGUGAUCUCUGUUUUCCUUCUUUAUAAUUAUGCUUUGGAGCAGUUGUUUUCAAGUUUGUCUUCUCCAAGCUUUCCCAAUAAAAUAAUUCCCACAUCAGAAUUCUAUUAAAAAAAAAAUUGAUGGCAUCCCUUUUGACUACUGUAAACAUUAAAAUUUAAUUAAAUCAUUA